AUGGUUCUAUUGGAAAUUCAUCAGUGCUGCCAGCGGAACGAGGGAGAGAAGGAGAAGGAAGAUAUGGCUGCGCCGGAGUGCGAGCGAGAGGCGCGCAAGCGACGCGAGCGCCGUGACUCCGGUUGCGCACACGAGCGAAAAGAGCGCAGACCACACAGCGAGGAGCGAACACCACCGCCACCGCCUCCUCCCCCACUGCAUGACUAUAACCGACUUGAGUCGGAACGUCGAGCGGAACGCCUCUCCCGCGCUCGACGUCCACAGUAUGGCGGCAAGCGACGCCGUGCACCAGCGCGCUUGCCACGACAGCCUAAGGAAAACGACUGCCUGAAUCACUCAGAGGAGAUUAGAAGUGGCACACCACCACAUUUUGAAUAUGUUGUACAGCAAAAACCAGAAGUUUGUGAAGAUAAUGAGCGGUCGUACGUAACGGCUGGAGACGCAGUUGAGCAUACACGGCGUGAUGAACGCAGUGAAAUGCCUCGUCGCGUGCAACCCAGUCCUGACAGACGCAUCGAAAAGAUCAGCAAGAAGAUCAACUCCUUGAAGAAAAACAUUGCUAAAUAUGAGAGCGAUUUUGAGGCACGAAAUGGCUACGUCAUGACUCAGAGUGACCGUAUGACCGAUGUCCAACUGACUCGCAUGUAUGAAACAUUAAGAAAUUUGCAAGCAGAAAAGCGCUGUAUCAAAACAGAUCCCGUGGAAUAUGCGCUGAAAGUUCAGGCUGCAAAGUUGCAGAAAGAAAGGGACGAUAAACUCGAUGCAGCGCUUAAAAGCGAUAAGCCUAUGGCUGAAGUGGUACGAGAUAUUGAAGAGUGGGUGGAAUUCUGUCGCAAAGCGUCUGGACGCGCAAGCGUACCGGAGGCGAACUGGAGCCCAACACAACUGGCAGCGGAGAAGUCUUGCGUGCAGCGAGCGCUGCUCCGUCUAGAGGCGGCGCGCGGCCGGCCGCCCGCGCACUCGGCGGAGCGAGGCGCCGCGAGACACCUCUACGAGCGUUACCGCGCAGUCAAGCGGGCGCUUGCCGCUUUCCGACCCGAUGCCAUCAUCGGUACAACGAAUGGCGAGUUGGCUACGAUCCACGAACACGAGACUAUGCUCUUCAACACCAGCGUGGACAGCUCGAGUGAUUCACAGGAAAAGCCAUCUGAUUCAUCUCAGGAAACUGUAGAAACACCACUCCAAUCGCCCCCAACUCGUGAAACUGCAGAAGAGAUGCCGUCGUCUACAUCAUCAGCCCAGUCAGCCACCACCAGCGAAGAGGCAACUCCAUCCAACGAAGGACUGCAUUGCCUUGGAUUAGAGGAUUUAGCCAGAGCCCUUGGUGAAGCUAAACUUCUUAAAUUAGUACUCCGCCGAAGCAUCAAAGAAUACGAAGUUAACUUUGAAAUUCAGAACAGCAGGAAAGUUCAAAAUGACGAUAGGAAGAUUCGCGAAGGAGAAUAUCAACGGUACAGAGCUGUAAAGGCUAGGAUAAAGUUACUCAAUGCGCUGAUAACUAAACAGAAAACUGCUGCUGGAAACAGUAAUGAGGAGCUGGUUAGCAAAAAGAGGUAAAUGCAUUUUGUGUAUUUCACGGUUAAAAUCGAAAAAACUAAAAUACUACGCU